GCAUGUAAAUUUACUUUACUAUAAAGCCUUGCCUAUUGCCUUGGGAUAUUCAUUGUAGCUGCUUUAACGGAUGUUUCUUCGCCAAGACGUCAAUAUGUUUUAGUCGCUGACAAAACUAUGUUAUAUCAGGGUUUCUAGCGUGGUGGUUACGUUUGAGACAGUUUGCUAAUCAGCUAAUAGUUAGCGAAAUUGAAUGGGAAAAUGCCCACCAGGACAUCGAUUAUUUCAUUUUAUGUAGUAAUUUUAGUUUUACAAGUGCAUUACAUGUACACUAAAGAUCUAAAAAGUUCUUGCUCAACAUGCAGACAGAUUACAGACAAUUUCAACAAGGGUUUUGAUAGAACGGUUAAGCAGAAUUUUGGUGGUGGAAAUACAGCAUGGGAGGAGAGGAAAUUGUCAAAAUAUGAGACCAGUGAGAUCCGUCUGGUGGAGAUUCUUGAAGGUCUGUGUGACAGCAGCAGCUUUGAAUGCAAUCAGAUGGUCGAAGAGCACGAAGACCAGUUUGAAGCUUGGUGGUUCAAGAGGAAAACCAAGCACCCUGACCUUUUCAAAUGGUUUUGCAUUGAGACCAUCAAAGUAUGCUGUCCUAGCGGAACAUUUGGCCCAGACUGCAAUGGCUGUGUUGGAGGAUCAGAGAAACCUUGUCAUGGUAAUGGCCAGUGUGAUGGUGAAGGGACAAGAGGAGGCAAUGGCAAGUGCAAUUGCAACCUUGGAUACAAAGGGGAACUCUGUCUAGACUGCACUGAUGGAUACUUCAAUGAGGAAAAAAAUGACACAUUCUCUCUUUGUACAGAGUGUCAUACCUCUUGUAAGAUCUGCACAGGCCCCACCAAUAAGGACUGUGAUGACUGCAAAGAUGGAUGGGAGGAGGAUGAUGAUGAGGCGUGCAUUGAUGUUGAUGAGUGUACUGAGGAUUCCUCCUCAUGUAAAGAGGAUCAGUAUUGCUUAAACACUCCAGGCUCUUACUCCUGUAAAGCUUGUGACAAGGUGUGUUCUGGCUGUAAAGGGCCUGGUCCUGACCAGUGUCUAGCCUGCUCGGAAGGCUUCAUGGAGGAGGAAGACAAAUGCACCGAUAUGAAUGAGUGUGAUCAGCCUGAAUCUGUAUGCGCUGAGGAGCACCAAGAGUGCCUCAAUACCAUUGGAAGCUACAAGUGCCAGUGUGCUGAAGGUUUCCAUGAAGAGGAUGGAGCCUGCAAUCCAGCUGCCACAUUAGAGGAGAAUCAGCAAUCGUCUGAGGAUCAGCCUGCGGAGCAUGAGGACCUCUGAUUUUUAAUUUCUGGAUUGAACACAAGGGGGCGCUAAAGCACUGUGUUGGCCCCUCAUGAGCAGCAUGUCUUGUCAAAAUAGCAUGUCAUGUGCUGAAUGACGCUUUGGACAAUAUGGCCCUCACUGAACUAAACUGCCUCAAUUCAUGCCAAUUUUAUACCAGGAACUGGCCCAUGGAACAGUGGUCAAAUCUGUCUCAUUUUCUGAGUGUAAGUUGUUUUUGCUGCCCUGUCUCUAGGAGGAAACAUUGUUUUUCAAGCCAAGCCAACCUUUUAAUUGUUUUAAUAAGAGGUCUUAUUGUGUUUGUAACCAAGCAGCUAGUAAUAUUUUCCUCCUUUGUCCCUCAUCAAAGGGCAGUGAAAACAGCAGCUCUGUUGGUUUUAGAAUGAACACCAGAUGGCAGCAUAGCCCAGAAAAAAGGAAAGUUGGAAGAAAUGGAAAUUUACUGAGAUUAAAUAAAGAAAACAUGAAAGAUGAAGAUGUUUUUAUAGGGGAAAAGUUCUUAUGAUGUUCUACUCGCAUUGUGUUGAAUUACCUAGCCCCUAUGUGAAGAUGUUAUCUCAGAUGGUGCAUGUCUCAUGGCAAUGAGCUGCUUUGUUUGUAGUUGCUUGACAGACUGCUCCAAGAGUUGGGUUAAGAGCUUGUUGUAACACAUCCUUGAACCGGAGCUUUCAACUGCAGAUGUAAUCUCUCAAUUCCCCCUUAUUUACCCUCCACUGUCUGCGUAAUAAUUCUUUUUCAGUGAAACAUACUCUUAAAACAACUCAUUUGAAACAACUCAUGAGUAAGGUCGGAGGUUUUUGAACAUAUAUAUAACCUGAACUUUAAAUUAGACUCUGUAUGCCAUGUAUGGAGUAAAUCCCUGGGGAACAGUUAUAUAUGCCCUGAAAGCCCACUGAAGCUGACUGGUAAAUCUUAAACUGAGUGCAGCAUAGCUCUUCCCUCUGCUUUGUUGUGGUUGUGCUCUGCCAGUAAUGCUCAGCUGUGGUGCAUGUGGUCUCACUCAGGCCAUGGUGACCACAAGGACACUGCCAACUCACCCAGAGCAUGCUGGGAUGUCGGUGCUCAGUGCAUAUAUGUCUUUGGGCAAGCGGAAGAGGAAGUGGAACUGACCCAAAGUGAGACCCAAGACCUUGUUCAGAUGGAGCCCCUCAGGUAAAGCUCCCUGGUGGUGGAGAGGGAGCUAGAGAGAGAGAACAACCCCCCCUGUCUCUCUGGCACAGGUUCACCCCAUCUCCUCCCACUCUGGGACUUGGACUCUGACUGAGGUGCAGCUGUGCCAUGUGCUUUCGUUCAGGACUUUGUGUGUGAUGUGGUCACCUCCUUCCCUCUCGUCCUCUCUGUUGUGGCUACACGCUUUGCCUACUCGGAGCUCCACAGCGAAACACCAUCAAUAAAGUUGGACAAACCUGUGACUAUA